GGGCGGGCGGCGGCAUGGUGCGCGGCAGGAUCUCGCGGCUCCACGUCCACGACGUGCGCUUCCCCACGUCGCUCGGGGGCCACGGCUCGGACGCCAUGCACACAGACCCUGACUACUCAGCUGCCUAUGUUGUCAUCGAGACGGACGCGCGGGAUGGACUCCAGGGCUGCGGCCUCACCUUCACUCUGGGGAAGGGCACCGAAGUCGUUGUCUGCGCGGUGAAUGCCCUUGCCCACCACGUGCUGCAGAAGGACCUCAGAGACAUCGUCGGUGACUUUAGAGGUUUCUACAGGCAGCUCACCAGCGAUGGGCAGCUGAGAUGGAUUGGUCCCGAGAAAGGCGUGGUGCACCUGGCCACAGCAGCCAUCCUGAAUGCCGUGUGGGACCUGUGGGCAAAGCAGGAGGGGAAGCCUCUAUGGAAGUUGCUUGUGGACAUGGAUGCACGGACGCUAUUAUCCUGCAUCGAUUUCAGGUACAUCACCGAUGUCUUGACGGAGGAGGAGGCAUAUGAAAUACUUCAGAAAGGUCAAGUUGGCAAAAAAGAAAGAGAAGAGCAAAUGCUGAUGCACGGCUACCCUGCCUACACCACGUCGUGUGCCUGGCUGGGAUACUCUGACAGCACGCUGAAGCAGCUCUGUGCGGCCGCGCUGAAGGACGGCUGGACUCGGUUUAAAGUAAAAGUUGGGGCUGACCUCCAGGAUGACAUCCGUAGAUGCCGCCUCAUCAGAGACAUGAUUGGACCAGAGAACACCUUGAUGAUGGAUGCCAACCAGCGCUGGGAUGUGCCCGAAGCAGUGCAGUGGAUGUCUAAGCUGGCCGAGUUCAAGCCUUUGUGGAUUGAGGAGCCCACAUCUCCUGAUGACAUCCUGGGGCAUGCAGCCAUUUCCAAGGCACUGGCCCCGUUAGGGAUUGGCGUCGCCACAGGAGAACAGUGCCACAACCGAGUGAUAUUUAAGCAGCUCCUGCAGGCGCACGCGCUGCAGUUUCUCCAGAUUGACAGCUGCCGGCUGGGGAGUGUCAAUGAAAACCUGUCGGUGUUGCUGAUGGCGAAGAAGUUUGGAAUCCCUGUCUGCCCACACGCUGGUGGAGUUGGCCUCUGUGAACUGGUGCAGCACCUGAUCAUAUUUGACUACAUAUCUGUCUCCACGAGCCUUCAAGACAGGAUGUGUGAGUACGUGGACCACCUGCAUGAACACUUCAAGUAUCCUGUGAUCAUCAGGCGGGCUUCCUAUCUGCCCCCCAAGGACGCGGGCUACUCCACAGAAAUGAAAGAAGAAUCUGUCAAGAAAUACCAGUAUCCAGACGGGGAGGUCUGGAAACUCCUUGUACUCAAGAAAACUGAACGCUAAGCUGAAGUAAAAAUGCUUAAAAUAGCCAGGUGCAGUGGCGCACACCUUUAAUCCCAGCACUUGGGAGGCAGAGGUAGGAGGAUUGCCAUGAGUUUGAGGCCACCCUGAGAAUACAGAGUGAAUUCCAGGUCAGCCUGGGCUAGGGUAAGACCCUACCUCGAAAAACAACAAAAAAAAAGCUUAAAGUAUCUUUGGGUAGUAGUAUAAAAAUAGAAGAAAAAUCCAGCUUAGCUGUAAGUCAUAGUAACCUUAGGAACCACUUCAAUCAUUACUUGAUUCUUGAAGCAAGCCAACACACUUGCUACUUAAUUUUUAAGCAAAUUUAAUUCAACUAACCCAAAGCCCAGGAAGAUAUUCUUAGAAGUUUUGCUGUACUUAGGUGUUAAACACUACUUUGAAAAUAAGCGACAUUUUGCAUAACUUGUUGGAACAGCUCUGCAUUCUACUUAGUGCUUGUCAUAAAUUAACAGAAUAAAAAUAGUUCUGGUGGUGCAAGAAAGGGAAAA